AUGGAAGAGUUGGAGGUAAAGGUCAGAAAGCCAGUAUUCGAAGCCGAAUCAGAGGAACAAAAACUCAAAAACAUCAGAGUCACAUGGCUUGGGCAUGCAACUACUCUUGUUCAACUUCCGAACGGUAUCAAUAUUUUGUUUGACCCAAUCUUUGCUCAUCGUGCCAGUCCAAGCCAGCAAGCCGGUCCUCAUCGAUUCACACCACCUCCGUGCAAGAUAGAAGAUUUGCCAGAUAUAGACAUCGUUUGCAUUUCACAUAAUCAUUAUGAUCAUCUUUCAUGGGAAUGUAUGAAAAAGUUACGUAAACGUCAAAAGACAAGAGGAGGAUUAAAGGUUUUUUGUCCGUUAGGAAACGUCGGAUUCUUUCGUGAAGCAGGUUUCGCAAAAGAAGAUGUAGCAGAGACGGAUUGGUGGGACAGAGCUGCGGUGAAUAGACCAGGUAUGCGAGGCUUCCUUGAGAUAUGCUGUACACCCGCUCAGCAUGGCUCGGGAAGGUCUGGUAGGGACCAAGGGAUCAGUUUAUGGUCUUCUUGGAUGAUCCUGUACAAAGAUGAUGAAGAUUCUGCACAACAAAGGAUCUUCUUUGCCGGUGAUACAGGUUUACGAUCAAGACAUUCGUCAAGAAAGAAAAGGAGCGAAUAUCCCAUUUGUCCAAUCUUUCGUGAGAUCAGUUUACGGCUAGGCAUUCCGCAGAUCAUGCUUUUACCAAUC